CUUCAGCUCCGCGUCUCCAGGUGUUGUGCGCUGCCUGUGCUCCGCUGCUGCUUCUUCCCUUCUAUCAUUCUCAGGCAUGGAAGGCCAUAACUAGGACCGUGCCCAGACCACAGCAAGAGACAGCUCCUCUUGCCGUUUUGAGUCCCUGGGCUGAUACCACGCUUGGGCGCCAAGAUUCCAAUCCCAUUCCCCUUCCCCAGGAAAUUAGUCCUUCUUCCUUGCAGGUGAGUCCAGUGACCUCAGGGCUCCAAAAAGUUUGGAACUGAAUCUCUUCUAAUGUCUACUCAAAGGUCUCUGGAACUCGAGGUUCCUGAAGAGCUCCACUAAGGACUCCAGAUCGCCAGCCUCUGUGUGUACUUCUCUCCUAAUUUGAAGAUUCAUUUCCUAUCUCCUCAAACUCACUACUAUUCAACGUGUCAUGGUUUCCAAACCCAGGACUGAAUGGAGCACUGUCCUGUCCCACCUGGUAUUGGCAGGGGUGUCCCUGCAUGCAGCGGUGAGCUCUGUACAGUGUACUAACGGUCACUUGAUGUGCGCUGGCUGUUUUAUCCACCUACUAGCAGAUGCCCGGCUGAAGGAGGAGCAGGCCACAUGUCCCAACUGUCGUUGUGAGAUCAGUAAGAGCCUCUGCUGCCGGAACCUGGCUGUGGAGAAAGCUGUGAGCGAGCUGCCUUCAGAGUGUGGCUUCUGUCUGCGUCAGUUCCCUCGCUCCCUCCUAGAGAGGCACCAGAAAGAGGAAUGCCAGGACAGGGUGACACAGUGCAAGUACAAGCGUAUUGGCUGCCCGUGGCAUGGCCCUUUCCAUGAGCUGACAGUGCAUGAAGCUGCGUGUGCUCACCCGACCAAGACAGGCAACGAGCUGAUGGAGAUCCUCGACGAGAUGGACCAGAGCCACCGCAAGGAGAUGCAGCUCUACAACAGCAUCUUCAGCCUGCUCAGCUUUGAGAAGAUCGGCUACACAGAAGUUCAGUUCCGGCCUUACCGCACUGAUGACUUCAUCACACGCCUGUACUAUGAAACACCACGGUUCACAGUACUGAACCAGACAUGGGUCCUGAAGGCUCGUGUGAAUGACUCGGAGCGCAACCCCAACCUGUCGUGCAAGCGCACACUUUCCUUCCAGCUACUCCUCAAGAGCAAGGUCACAGCACCCCUGGAGUGCUCUUUUCUUCUGCUCAAGGGCCCAUACGACGACGUGAGGAUCAGUCCUGUUAUCUACCACUUUGUCUUCACCAAUGAGAGCAAUGAGACAGACUAUGUGCCGCUGCCCAUCAUCGACUCUGUGGAGUGCAACAAGCUGCUGGCCGCCAAGAACAUUAACCUGCGGCUCUUCCUGUUCCAGAUACAGAAGUAAGAUGGACCCGGGCACCUGAGGAGCAGAGGGCUGCAGUCCGGUAGUGCUGUCCCACCCAUCCCUGGCUUGGCAGCAGCUUCACACAACUAUAUGAUCAUUUUAGCAAAGGAGGAGAACAAACAGAAUCAAACACUGAGAAAGUCUGCAUGCGUGUGCAACCGGGUCCCUGCCUCUGGCUCACCUUCCUCCCCUCUGCCUCCCACCUCCUGCAGGCAGCCAGAGGCUGAGCUGAUCACAGUGGAGACAGCACUCUGGGCGCCUCAGGUACAGGUGGUGAGGAGGGCAAGAAGCCACCCUUAUCCCAGCUCCCAUCCUCACAUCGAGGUGGCACGGUGGUUCCCUGGCCGGGCUCAGGGGCCCUGGCUGACUUCAGACAGCAUAUUUGAUUGCAAUUAAAAAGGCAGCCUUGUUUCCUACUUUCUGUUUUGUUGGAGGGGGAAGGUGUGGCCGUGAAUGGACUUCAUGGGAGAUUUGGUUUGGCCUGGUGGUCAGAACCUGCCCCGUCGUCUCUGAUACCGCACCUAUGUGUGCAUCCCAGGAAAGACUUAAGAGACACUGCCCCCCCACCCCCCCCACAGUCUUCUCAGAGGGAUUGGGACUAAGGCCUGGCCAGUGAGCCAGAAAGGGUUGGCCUUCCCCAGCCGCUGACCACUCAGAGGAAGCAGGACUUGGCUGGUAGGGCUAAACAAAUGUUUUCGGAAUGCAGGGUGAAAUUCUGUCUCUUCCAGGAAAAAAAAAAAUCAACUCUACAGGCUCUGUAAGUGAUGCAGGUUUAGUGAGAGAGAAGGAAUCUGUUUGCUUUACUCAGCACAGAGGGCCAGGUGUCCUCAGGGUGCCCAGGAGGCAGCUACUGUCCGAGGCCUGCGUUUAGUGGUGGCGGGGGCACCACAGGACCAAGGCAGAGCAGCACGGUUUAUCAUGUAGGCAAUGUAGGCCUUCCCCUCACUAGCCCAUUCACAGAUGCUCUGAGUGGUGGUUGUAAGCAGGACAAGUAUUAGGGCCUCACGUACUAUGAAGCAGCCGUGCUUGAAUAGGGCUAGGCCCUGGUCCUUUUCCCUUGGAUUCCUCAGAGGGACUGAGAAGGGUAGGACUUGCCUCCUUCAGUCUUUGCUUAGGAGAUGAGGCUCUUCGUCAUAGCUUUUCGUUGCUUUAAUACCAAAGAACUGGUUUCCUCUGCCCUAACCAGACCUUCACACGCCUCAGAGUAGUCCCUACCAACCCGUGCAAACUGCCCCGGCCUGGGCCUGGGCCUGAGCCUGGGUCUGAACUGCCCUGUGCCUUCCAAACCAAGGGACAGGGUAGCCCUGGACAUGUGAGUACAAGUGCUGAUGUCCCACCCUGACCUUCAAGAGGGCAAACGGGCUGACAGAUGAGGAAAGGACAUGGGGUACAGGCCCUGUCUGUUUCCACUUGGGCCCUCCCACCUUCUCAUAGGCUGAACGUUUUCAGCACCUAGUUUGGCUUCCUGCAUGGGGCUUGUGGGAAUUCUCUUCUGCAGAUACGGCUUCUGCCUACUACAAAGGAGCCCAUGCCAGAGUCAGCACAUCCAUGAAUGCAGUGGCCUUCGAUUCCGAUAUGGCUCCUCGAUGUCCUCUGCCCUUAGGGACAGAGGACCUUUGGAAAACAGGCUCCUCUGGGAGUCCCUCUAGAUUCCAAGGUGAUGGUGUAAAAAAGUAGGGCAGGGCUAGCUUGCCCUAAUAACCCAUGUGCGAGCGACCGACUCCUAGAAAGCAGCCUGAAGGUCUCUCAGGAAGAGAAGAUAGAAGGCUUUUUCCCCACGGCAAAGCCAACCGGGACACAGUGGGCAUGAGGAGAAAAGCUGGGCUGGCGGAGGCUCAGAGGCAGCAGAGCUUUGGGUAUUUGUAUGUGGAGCUGAGAGGCAUACCCCAAGGUACAUAGGGUUAGAGGCUGUGCCUGGAUGAGACCCACCGAGGGGGAAGAGUGUGUCAAGGGGUACCUAGGAGACCUGCUAAGCCGUCCCAGCAACAGGGCCCGUGUGGCCCCUACACUAUGACUGACAUGUGCAGCUGUUGAGCCUUCCAGCCUAGGGAACCAAACAUGGAGAAGACUAGUGUUUCUUGGCUAUGCUGGGGACUGGCAUACAAAUCUUUCAGCACUGUCACUGUGGGCCCUUUAUUUAGGGCUGGGGGGCACCAUAUCUACUGGCUUGUGUCCAGGAUCUUGUUACCUUGCUGUUCUAACCUGGUUCUUUGUUGUCUCUGAGGACUGGAGAGGGGUUCGGCCUCAGUAGGUGUUGGGGAGGCUGCCAGAGGGGGCUGCGCGGGCUAAGCCAGGCCUCCCCCUCCUUCCACCUGUCUCAUCCCCACUUCCUGUGAGCACCACAUCCCUCAGUUUGCCCAAAGUGAGACAUUUACAAAACAAUAAAAAUACUUUUCUAAAGAGCAGAGCAAGUGUUUUUAUGGUUGUUGGAAAUGACUUUAUAUGUCAGUUUUUUGUGGUUUGCAUUUUUCUUUGAAUAUUUUCUGUAUGCACAUGUAGUUAAAAAAAAUAUUCCAAACCAUGUUUUGUCUGUGUUUCCUUACCAGAAGACAGCCUCAUGGUGGGGCUCCCUGUGCUCUGUUAGCCUCUCUUGCUGACCAGCCUGUGCCUCAUGCCCCAGGCCUAUAGCCCUGUGAAGCACCCGGAUAGAGAAGCUAGACUAACUCUAAAGGGAAGCUGAUUCCACAGUUUGGUCUCUACAUUUACUGAUUCGUCUCUGACUCACACACAAACCAUGGCAUGCGCGCGCGCACACACAAGCUAAUAAUAAUAAAGUUUUAAAAAACUGCUUGUGAAA